GCCACGACGCCGUCGGGAGCCUCGAGUUCCGCCGCGGACCUCACCACGGCGCAGAGGCAGAUCAUGAUCGCCCAUGUUCCAACGGCGGUGGCCCCCUAUGAGGAGAGGCAGGCUUUUUGGACAGAGCUCGAAACCGAACUAGGCAAGGUAAACCAUCCGAGCAGGCUCCUGGUAUUCAUCGACGCUAACGACGACGACGGCGUCAACGGCUGCAAUGCCAAGUGCUAUUUCUCCGCGGAACUCAAGGAGGCCUUCGCCUUAACAGACGUCGCAGAGUGGCAUGAUUGCACCGAGCCGACGUGGUUCGGCAAUUCCCUCUUCCCGAAGCGCUCUGACCAUAUAUGGGUCACGGAUUGGUGGCUCUGGAAGUCCGUCGCCGCGGGAGUGGAGCAGGACCCCAUGGUCUUCACAACUAGGGACGUCUGGGCGAGCAUGCUGGGGGACCCCGAGGUAUAUCACGCCGAACUCAUCCGGGUCGUUCAGAGGCUGCAGGAGGCGCACUUCUUCUCUGAGGCCACGCAGGCGAAGCUCCGUUACUUCUUGCAGGCCUGGCAGCACUCCAUCACGGAGGAUAGCGAAUCACGCGUGAGAUUCGCGCACCUCGGGGGCAGCGUGCGCUCCGUGCCGUGCGUCAUGAACAUGGCGGACAUGCGGAGACUGAACCCCAAGAAAAACUUGGGCCCCGAUGGCAUCGGCAUCUCGGUAUGGCGUGCCGGCGACGAGGUGUCGCUCGACGCGUUCCUGCCGCUGUUCGACCUCUCUGCUUCUCGAUGCCAGCUCCCAGUCAGCAUGAAGGGGGGCAAGGGUCGCAGCAACUUGGUUUCCGACCACCUGUCCAAGCUCUACACUAUGCAGAUUUCGGACCCUGUCUACCAGGUACUGCAGGACGCAGUAGGGGAUGCGCAGUGUGGCGCAGUCCCAGGACGAGACACGCUUCUCCUGACCGUCGGUUUGCAGACCUUCGCAGAAAGAGCGGUCCGCAUGCGCCAGUGCUGGGCCAUCCUAUUCUUCGACCUGGCCAAAGCCUUUGACAGCGUCAUCCGGGAGUACCUCUACGCAGCAGGCCACCGACAGCUACACGUACUUGCGGAUCAGCUGCAUGAUCUAGGCAUCCCGCGUGACGUGGCCGACAAGGCCCAACGCCACCUGCAGAACAACCCCUCGCUCCUCCGAGCAGCGGGCAUGGACGAGCACGCCACCGCAAGGGCUGCUGACCUCCACUCCGGUAUGUGGUUCCAGGUGCGAGGUGAACGGGGCCCUGUGGUCGCCGCAAACCGCGGCGCUCGUCAGGGCUGUCGGCUCGGCGCGGUGCGCUUCAACAUAGCCUACGAGCUGGCCCUCAAGCGAGUGCGGCACAGAUUCCAGGAGAGCGGCAUCCAGCUCAGCAUGAAUAUGUCCACGCACGCCUCCGUGCCCUGGGCAACUGAUUUCGACAGCAGCCCCGAUCACGUCACUUUGCAGCAGGCUCCCAACGACGAGCAAUAUGUUGACGAUGUCACAUUCGAAUUCCUGGCCGACUCCCCUCAGGAGUCGCUCGCCCAGGUUGACCCGGCAGUGGACAUCAUCACCGAGGAGUUCCGCAGGGUCGGCUUCGUGAUCAACGUGGGACCUGGGAAAUCUGCGAUCAUGGCGCGGAUGUACGGCCAGGGCUCCCGUGCGACCUGGAGGACAUGUGUCCUCUCCAUGGGGCGGUCGGUCGAUCGAUCACCUGCAGGACUAGAGCUCGAAGUUGUACAUGAUUUCCCGCACCUCGGCGCAACGCUGCAAGCGUCUGGUCAGCACAUCUUGGAUGCCAAACAAAAGACGCCCAAGGCCCAGCAAACCUACGCCCCCCUAGCGGUGCACAUUUUUGGAUGCAACUCCCUACGGUGCUCCACGCGAUCGACUGUAGCUACAAGCUCGGUUUUUUCGAAGAGUCACUACGGCAUAUCAGCCUGGCGUGGAGACGACCCUCAAGCCAUGGCCAUUAUGAAUGGCCAGUACCAUCGUGUCCUUAGGAGGAUCUCGGGCGACAUGCGCUACGGGGCCCCUGACACGGCCACCGACGAGGAGGUCAGGCAGAAGGUGCACGCCCCGCUCCUCGCGUCGAUGGUCCGGGCCCGGAGGCUCUCCCAGCUCGCAUCCCACUUCCCGACAGCGCCAAAGGUAGUCCAGAUGAUGGUCGAAGCUCUCCCGAAGCCCCCGUCGGCGCAGAUGCUGCUCUACGACCUCGAGCAGUUCGCGGUGGCUUUCCCCGACGUAGGGCAGAAGCUCGGCUCGCCCUCCGCACACCCGGAGAAGUGGAAGGCAUACAUCGUCGAAUCCCCUCGGCGCUUGAAGAGCCAAGCCGCCCUGAUGAA